UCCGCUCCCUUCGUCUUCGGCCGCUGCUGCUCCACUGGCCCCGGGCCCCGUAUCCCCGCGUCUUGGGCCGGACGAGGAGGAGGAGGAGGAGGAGGAAGAAGAAGAGGAAGAGGAGGAGGCAGCCGCGAUGGCCCCAGGGUCCCUGCCGCCCGGAGCCCACCAGGAGUCGGUGACAUUCAAGGAUGUGGCCGUGGACUUCUCCCAGGAUGAGUGGAGGCACCUAGACCCUCUCCAGAAGGAGCUGUACCGGGAGGUGAUGCUGGAGAACUAUGGGAACCUGGUGUGCCUGGGACUCACAGCUUCCAAACCCGAUGUGAUCGGCCAGCUGGAGCGAGGGGAGGCACCCUGGAGGCCAGGGGGAGAGGACCCUGGAAGCCGCUGGGCAGAAAAAAGUGCAUCAGGGCCCCUCCUUUCUGUGCUCCCUGAGGGGAGGCCAGCGGGAGGAGUCCCUGCAGCCUGGCACGGCCGCCGUGGUCCUCCUCUUGGACACUGCUCAGAGCCCAUCCGUCCACGUUGCACUCCCGCGUCCGCUCCCUCCCCUCUGCAUCUGUUCAGACGAGUCUCUCAGGCUUCUCUGCAGCCUGUUCCUGAUGUGAUGUCUCCCGUUGGGGGCACAGGCUGCUCAGCUUUGCGCUGGGGGUGUCUUCCUGCUGGGAAGAUGCCUUGGGAGGCGCUCCCCUUUUCUCCGGCCCUGCGUUCAUCCCAAGGACCAGCGCCUCCCCACGAGGCCGGCCGCUGGAGGGAUUUCAUUCGUCUUGCACACGGUGUCAUGCUCGCUCCACCCUUAACUCCUCUGCCGUCCUUCGGCGGCCUCGCUGCCCUCCCGGACCCCGCGCGGCAGUCGUGGCGCUCAGACCCGAGCUCUCCUAACCUCCUAACGCAGCCCCUGUCGUACCCUUCUUGGCGACCUCAUCAUACACCUGAUGUCCUGGUGUUGGUGGAGCGUGUGGUCCUCACACUCUCAGAUCUUCUUCAGAACAGCUGCUAUCUGACCGCGCCUCAUUGGAAGACUGGCCCGGGAACCAGGGAGUCAUCUCCAAAGUUCGGCCUCUCCACAGAAGACUCAUCCCUAGGAAGACACACAAGGGAUGUAUCUUUUGUGUCGACGUUGGGAGAAGCCUGGGGAUGGGAUGCUGGGGUAGAGAAGCAGUGGAGCGAUGAGGACAGAUAUUCUAAACAAAUGAAACUCACCCAGAGGAAACCUUCCAAUAAACUGAGAGGCCACGAAUGUAAGAUAUAUGACAAGAGUUUUAGUCUGAGAACAGGUCUUUCAACACAACAGAAAUUUUCUGGAGGAAAGGGUGUCCAUAAGUGGGAUACCCAUAGACAAAACUUCAGACUGUAUUCAGAGCUAAGAAAAUGUUAUAGGAUGUUCUCAAAGAAGAUACUGGCUAAGUAUAAUGAAUAUGACAGAUCCCUAAUUUGUAAUGCAGGUCUUGUUGAAAGUCAUAGGAUACACACUAAAGAGAAACUUUAUGAAUGUGAUGAAUGUGGGAAGGCAUUCCACCAGAGGUCCCAGCUUAGUGAACAUCAGAGAAUUCAUACUGGAGAGAAGCCUUAUGAAUGUAAGGCUUGUGGGAAGGCCUUCCGAAGGAGGGCAGAACUUAACAUGCAUCAGAGAAUUCACAGUGGAGAGAAACCUUAUGAGUGUAAUCAAUGCAGAAAGGCCUUCCGAAGGAAAACACACCUUACGGUACAUCAAAGAAUACACAGUGGAGAGAAACCUUAUGAAUGCAGUGAAUGUGGGAAGGCUUUUUAUCGCAGUUCUAUGCUUAUUCAACAUCAGAGAAUUCACACGGGAGAGAAACCUUAUGAAUGUAGUGAGUGUGGGAAUGUCUUCCGCUGGAGGACAUAUCUUACUGUCCAUCAGAGGAUUCAUAGUGGAGAGAAACCUUAUGCAUGUAAUGAAUGUGGAAAAGCUUUCCGCCAAAGGUCACAGCUAACUCUGCAUCAGAGAAUGCACACUGGAGAGAAGCCUUAUGAAUGCAGUGAAUGCGGGAAGGCCUUCUACCAGAGCACUGGACUAACUCUACAUAAGAGAAUUCACACUGGAGAAAAACCUUAUGAGUGUGCUGAAUGUGGGAAGGCCUUUUACAGGAACAGAGGCCUUAGUGUACACCAGAGAAUUCACACUGGUGAGAAACCUUAUGAAUGUAAAGAAUGUGGGAAGGCCUUUCGACAGAGCUCACAGCUGACUCUGCAUCAGAAGAUUCACACUGGAGAGAAACCUUAUGAAUGCAGCGAAUGUGGAAAGGCCUUCCGCUUGAGCCGAGGACUUACCGAACACCAGAGAAUUCACACUGGAGAGAAACCCUAUGAAUGUAAAGAAUGUGGGAAGGCCUUCCGCCAGAGGUCUCAGCUCACUGUGCAUCAAAGGAUUCAUACUGGACAGAAACCUUAUGAAUGUAGUGAAUGUGGGAAAGCCUUUGGUCAGAGGGCACAACUUACUCGACAUCAGAGAAUCCAUAGUGGUUAUGAUCCUUAGCAAUGUAACACGUACCCCAACCGGAUCCAGGUGGAAAAUGUCUUUGGGGGCUGCUCCGAGGCUGUGAAGGGACAGUUUCACAUACGUGGUCCACGAAGCGAAGCGAAGGGCUGGCAUCACCUGCAGGAGUCUACCUGCCCUGGCUCCCGGCUCCCGGCUCCCGGCCAGGUGAGCGCUCCAGGUCCAGGCAGGCCUCCUGCCAAGGCUCUCCAGAGCCCUGGUCAGUGCCAGCUGCCGCCACCAGUAAGUCCUGUCCUCAGCCCAGGAACCCAGGUUGUAAUUUCAAUGGGGGACAAAACUCGAAGCAAAAACCCCGAGUCAUUUUCUACCACACGCAAAAAACACAUAAACGCGCUGCUAUUUUCACUUUGGCCACUAGACGUCGUCGGAGACCAGGCGAUCGCGCCUCCCCAGCCCAACCACGCCACGCUGACCAGCCCUUCAAACACCAGACGAGAACAUUCGUGUCCAGGAGGCUGGUACUUCAAACGUGCCAGCACUCUGUGGGACGCUGAGCAGAUCCACGGCAUGUGGGGUCCAUGUCUUCUGAACCGCGUGCUAUGCCUGGCUCAUCAUUUUGAUGGUCACCUUUUCCGAGGAAUGGUGGGCAGCCUCCCAGGCCCCACUAGGGCCCCGGCGGCCCCUCCCCCCCCCACCUGCACACUGUUGGGGGUGGGGGGCUCCCUGUCCGUCCUUCGUUUUCAGAGGAUCAGUGACAUCAUGGGAGAUGCCCUGAGUCCAGUCGCCGGCCUCCCUCUCCCUUCCAGAGUCACCGCAGUCCCGCGGCCGGAGGGAGGGCAGGACCGCCGGCCGCGGCCCUGGGUGCAAUGGGGGACCCUGGCACCCACUUCAGACCCUCGGACCGCCUUGUUCUUAGCGGGGGGUCCGCACCCCCCCCCCCAGCUGCCUGGAAACGAGCAAGAUGUAAUCCACAAGCCUCCAGAAGAAAGGGCGGGGGCGCAUCAGGCCCCGGGGGGGUCUGAGGGGGUGCCCCCGGUGGCUGCGCAGAGCCCCUUGGGCUGCCUCUAUACACUGGGGGCGCGAGGGCUGUGUGUGAGGGAGAUAAAGGAAAUGGGGGAAUCCAGGUGGGCUUCCUCGAGAAGGUGGCGCCUUCACCCGGCCUGGAGGGACUUGAGGCAUGCGCACAUGUCGCUUGAGCCUCCGGACUACGUUUCCCAGAAGGCUGUGCCGACGACUUCCCUGGCUUCCGGGUGUGGCGAGGACUGCACUGCUUCCGUGUGCUACGUCACUUCCAGCCUCCUCUGGAAGGAUUCCGCCGCGUCCUUGGCUACAGCCGCGGCCCGAGCCCUCGUGUCCAGGCCCGGGGUGAAUGAGGGCCACAGCCGGAAGCCCGGCCGCCUGAAGAGAGGGUGGCGCCAAGGCACGAGCCACCUGCUUCUGGAGCGGCGGCGGGGGCAGAGGGAGGGGCGCCGGCUCGGAGGGAGCCGCGCGUGCGCAGUCGGUCCUCCUCGAGGUGCGUCUGCGGCCACGCUCUCCUGCCGGCGGGCGCGUCCAUUGGCCAGGCCGAAGGGGGUGGGGCAGCCUGGGCGCCAAUCAGGAGCCACCGCGAGGACCUGCCCUGGGGUUCUGCCCCUUCGGGGGCGGGGCAGUCCGCCCUCCCUUCUGUGCCGGGCAGGGAUGGCUCCUGGACCCACACCGGCCCAUGCCCUCCAGGAAUCAGUGACCUUCAAUGACGUGGCCGUGGACUUCACCGCAGAGGAGUGGCGGGGCCUGCGCCCUCUUCAGAAGGAGUUGUACCGGGAUGUGAUGCUGGAGAACUACCAGAACCUGGUCUGCCUGGGCCUUGCUAUUUCCAAGCCAGAUGUGAUCUGCCAGUUGGAGAGAGGGGAAGCCCCUAGGUUGCCGGAGGGAGACAUGCCCCAGAGUGGCUACGCAGACUGGGGGACAGGGCCUGAUGCCAAAGAGCCGGCUACAAAGCUUGGUACUUUUCUGGAAAAAUCAGCCCUGGAACAGCUCGCAAGGGAGCCGCUCUGUGCAUCCAGGUGGGAAGAAGCUUUAGAACGUGAUGCCAGAAUUCAUACUUCUGAGAAGCCCUAUAAAUGUAAUGAAUAUGAGAAAGCUUUCCACAAGAGCUUACAACUUACUGUACAUCAGAAAAUCCAUACUAGCAAGAAACUUCAUGAAUGUAAUGAAUGUGGGAAGACCUUCAGUGUGAGAACAGGUCUCACUCGACAUCAGAGAAUUCAUACCAGAGAGAAACCUUAUGAGUGCAGUGAAUGUUUGAAGGCCUUCAAUCAGCGAUCACACCUUACUCAGCAUCAGAGACUUCAUACGGGAGAGAGACCUUAUGAAUGCAGUGAAUGUGGGAAGGCCUUCAUUGUGAAAACAGGACUUAUUCAGCAUCAGACAGCUCAUACUGGUGAGAGACCUUAUGAAUGUGAUCAGUGUGGAAAGGGCUUCAGUCUAAGGACAGAUCUUACUCGACAUCAGAAACUUCAUACCAGAGAGAAACCUUACGAAUGUUUUGAAUGUGGGAAAGCUUUCCACUGGAGCUCACAUCUUACUCAACAUCAGAGAAUUCAUACUGGAGAGAAACCUUAUGAAUGCAAGGAAUGUGGGAAGGCUUUUCACCAGAGGUCAAGCCUUAAUGAACACCAGAGAAUUCACACUGGAGAGAAACCUUAUGAAUGUAACGAAUGUGGGAAGGCCUUUAGUAGAAGCUCACGACUUACAGUACAUCAGAGAAUUCAUACUGGAGAGAAGCCUUAUGAAUGUAGUGAAUGUGGGAAAGCCUUUAGCAAGAGCUCACAACUUAUUGUACAUAAAAGAAUUCAUACUGGAGAGAAGCCUUAUGAGUGUAAUGAAUGUGCCAAGGCUUUCAGAAGUAGCUCAGGACUUAUUCAGCAUCAAGCUACUCACACAGGAGAGAAACCUUAUGAAUGUAGUGAAUGUGGGAAGCCUUUCAGCCAUAGCUCACAUCUUAUUGUACAUCAGAGAAUUCAUACAGGAGAGAAACCUUAUGAGUGUAGUGAAUGUGGGAAGGCUUUCCGUUUGAAGACAAGUCUUACUGUACAUCAGAGAAUUCAUACUGGAGAGAAACCUUUCGAAUGUAACGAAUGUGGAAAGACCUUCAGUGUGAGAAAACGUCUUACUCUACAUAAGAGAAUUCAUAGCCGAGAGAAAACUUUGGAGUAUUUAGAAUGUGAGAAGCCCUUUCAUGGGACAUCACCACUUACUCUACAGGAAAGAAUUCAUAUUGGAGAGAAACGUUUUGAGUGUUUUGAAUGUGGAAAGGCCUUCCAUGGAAGCUCACAGCUUACUCUCCAUUGGAGAAUUCAUACUGGAGAGAAACCUUUUGACUGCAAUGACUGUGGCAAGGCCUUCAGGCAGAGAUCACAGCUUACUGUACAUCAGAAAAUACAUACUGGAGAGAAACCUUAUGAAUGCAGUGAAUGUGGAAAGGCCUUCAUCCGGACAACAGAUCUCACGCGGCAUCAGAGAAUUCAUACGGGGGAGAAACCUUAUGAAUGUAAUGAGUGUGGGAAAGCCUUUAGCCAGAGGUCACAACUUACUGUCCAUCAAAGAAUUCACUCUGGAGAGAAACCUUAUGAAUGUCAUGAAUGUGGGAAGGCCUUCAGUCAGAGAUCCCAACUUAUUGUACAUCAAAGAAUUCAUGCAAGAAAGAAACCUUAUCCUCCUUUUCCGUCUUUCAACAAUUAAGUAUUUGACACUAAGUCCCCUGUAGGCCUGUGUAUUUCUGUCCUCUCUAGGACAUUGCAGUUUUUCCUCAUCUUUAACUGUACCUUCUCUGUCUUUUGUCACAUCUUGGCUUUUUUUCUCAGUCAUUAAACGGAUUGUUCUCCAA